CUCACCUCCAACACAUUUCGUUGGCUUUUGAUUUUUUUUUUUAAAUAUCAUUGUAUAUUGGAGAAGGUAUGCACCAGUAGUCGUCUGCUUUUGUACGGCCCGAUAACGGAGAGCAGUGAGCGUCUCUACAAUUGAUGUGCGAUGAAGUCAUCUGCCCCAUGGCGUCUACUUUCCAGCAGCUAGGGUUUUGUUAGUCGCGAAGGAGCAGGGACAUGAACUUCGGACUGCUGAUGUCGUUUCAUGAAAUGAGUCACGGUGCUUGUAGGUGAUGGGAGUCGGAGGACUUAAAAUUUCGAGCCGAAAAUAGCCGCUGCUUAGUUGUACAUUGAUGGGAGGAGAUUCUCUGGUCUUUUAUUUUUUUCUUCUGCGUAAAACAAUGGAGUGCCAAAAUCUUCCUCUAAUUUUGCCUUUGUACCUAUUUCGUGAGGGAAAACUGAUUUAUGCCCGUGGAGUAUCCGAUAAAGCAUCGGGAAGAAUUUCGUCAUCACAAUAAUUCUCGAGUAAAUAAUGUGUUUUGUUUGGAUGAGAAGCACAAAAAACAAUUGAAGGAUGAAUUUGACGUUGAAGCUUGGACAUUUGGGCAACAUGUUGAUGAGGCUGCAUUCAUUCCUGCUGGCUGUCCUCAUCAAGUGAGUAAUAGACAGGAAAAGAAAGGGCGAGGGCCCCAACCAAUGUGGUACGUCACUGGAGACGAGCUUAAUUCCGUGCCACUUGCAAUUGGAGAGAUUGCAGCAUAUGCCGAAAUAAUGCCCAGCUUGUUGUUGCAUGACGGAAAAAGUGAAAUUGCAAUGACAGAUGCAGUGAAAGGAAAGUACUUUUUCCUAGAGUCGGACAUUAAGGGGCCUUACUUGAAACUUUAA